UUUUCACAUUUUUGUUUAAAUUCUAUUUCUACAACAAUAAAAAAAACAAACAAACAGGGGGCCUGAAAUCUCCCUUGAGACACCCCCGGUGUAUAAAAAUGGGUUUGUUCAGUGUUUGACUUACCUGUUCAGAGAUCAACACAAAUGUGUUAGCUUUGUGGGGCACAUGAUAGUGUCACAAGCCUCUUGAUAAACAGUCUAGUUCAUUAUUCUGUAUUGAUUUUUCUCUUCAGAAUUGUGGCAUUUCCUUCAUGUCCACACCCUUUUCAUAUGACUGCCUUGUGAAUUACUUGUGAACCGCUCCAACCGUCUCUCUUCAUAACACUGUCAGUGCUUCUGCAUAUGCAAAUGACCAUUCCCACAAGUCAGACACUCCGCUCACGGAGCCACAAACCUGUUGUCACUUGGACAGGACACAACUGGCUACAUACACUGUACAGAUAGUUCCACUUAGAAGUAUGAUAACUUGGGCAAACUGAUAUUUGCCAAAUAUGUGAAGGAUUAUUCUGAAGGAAUAAUAAUCAGUAGAGGAGAAUUCUACCCUUGGUGGCAGGAAGUGAAAUGAAUUCCGAGGAGAAAAAGGGGAUGUUGGAUCGUCUCAGUCAUUUUUUCAACCCCAAGAAACGGAGGAGCAAAAGCAGCCAGAUUUCAGACACCUCAGCCAGUGCGAGUUGUCCUGGUUCUCCAGCGUCGCCCUUGUCUCCACAGUCACCCUCACUUCAACAGCAAGAUGGCUUGAAGACUCCUACGCCUUCCCGAAAGGAUGGUAAGCCAGCAGAGACAGACCUCCAAGCGGGAAUGGAGACGCUCAGCCAAAGUUCUAGUCCCAGCGUGAGUUCUCUGUCGACGGGUGAAGGAGAUUUUCCAUUUGCGGAUUCUAUCAGUAGUAGCCGAAGCAGUGUAAGGGAGGUUCCUGUGUCCAGGGUGAACAGCGGCGGGAGUCAAAGGAAUUCAGGGAAUGUGACCCCCACUGUCCUGGACUUUGCAACCACCACUUUGCCAUGUGCUGAUUCAAGCUCAGAGGUCGGCUUUACAGAGUCAGUGGUGGAGGAAGUAAGCAAGAGGCUCCAGAUGAAUUUGGAGGAAAUCACUGUGAAAAAUGCAGAAGGUUUAAGUCAUACCCCAACGCUAAAAAUCAAGGAUUCGACUCCUAAAUCACAGAAUCUAACAUCCAUAACCUUAGGGACAAAUAAAACUAAAGUGACAUUUGGAGAAAAGAGCCACAGCAUGACCCUCCAAGGUAUAACUUUGGGCUCUCAGUCAUCAACGCCUCAACUCAUCUCUGGUUCUCAAGAUGCUGGGAGUGAGAAUUCAGUACAGAGUCCUUCACUGGAGAAAGACCAGGUACCCCCUGGUGAUUCUCCUGUUAAAGUCUACAAUGCCAUGUUAGUGGAAGUUUACCUGGAAGAGGUGGAGAAAAAAGAGAGGGAGGAGAUGAGCAAAGAGGAUAGGACGAAAAAAGGGGAGGAGGAGGGCUCCAUACCACUUUCGCCUCCUGUCCUGGCCAUACCUGUCACAGUAUUUCCUGAGGAUGAGUCAGUUACUCAGGAGGACACAAACAGCCCGUCCACCCCUUCACAGACUUCACUUCCCGCCAGAACUUUGCCAGAAUUGUCCAUCUCCUUGACAUCCACCCCCAGGGAUUUGCAAACCACUUUAAACCAGUCAGAUGAGCCUGACACUGGCACAGACUCAAAGAAACACCCCUUUAAGGACAAACAAAAGUCGAAAGGAGCUUGCGUUACCCGUAAGACUGUGAAUCUGCCUUCGAAGUCCAAGGAUGUGGCCCAUGUAGCAUCCGUCAGUCCUGAGCUAAGUUUGCACCCCGACAAGCAGGCGGGGGAGGAUAACAGCACACAUUCAGCUUCAAAGACAUCCGAGCCGACAAAGGCACAACGAUUACAACACCUUCAAAAUAAUAAUGAGGAAAGCAGGCAUGCAGAUGUUCCGUCAUUUGCACCAACAGAUGAGUCUGCAGACUCAAAUACUCCUGGACAUUUAGUGAAAGAAAAAACGGACUCUGAGACAUCUGAUUUUGAGGAUACAUCUGCAACUCCAGAUAUGCAUAGAGCAAAAUCACAACAUGUAGCAUCAAGGAUAAGAGGUCAUGCAGCAAACCAAGCAACAACCUCUAAACCAGGAGAUAAAGUAGCAGUGGUGAGCCAGCGUGCUACUGGAAGUGUAGCAAGGCCCUUAGCAACAGCAGCGGGAGGCAAGGCCAAAAAUGUGACAACAAAAGCCAAGGGCUCCACAGAGGACAUUAAAGUUGCUGCAUCCAGUGAUAUACCACCUCUAAAGCAACAAAGCAAUGGGAAAACUGUUUCGGUGAUAACACCACUAAAAGACAAAUGUACCACUGGUCUCACAAAGUCUAAAAUCCCCCAAAGGCAAAUAUCAGACAGUGACAUAAAAGCAGUGUCAGCAGAAAAAACACCAGUUGCUCAUGACUCUACAGCCACUUCCAAAUUACAAAAAAUCGCAAGAACAGCCAGUGAAUCAUUGAAAUCUCUGGUUUCUACAACCAAAGGUGUCCAGAAGCCAAGUUCUGACGAGGCAAAUCGGGUUAAAGCUCAGUCGGGUGACAGAGAACAUUUAAUGAAAGAAAAGACAAAGGAUGACGUCAUUAUUGAACACCCAGAGUGUGUAAACUUAGUAAAUGGCUUGGAGGAACACCAAGAAGAGAACAUUAAAAUGGGACGGCCACUGGAUGGACAAAACCUAGAUUCCAAAAAAAAUGACAAACAUACUUCUUUGAUAUCAAAAAGCCGUCUGCCCGUUUCAUCUCCGACUAGAAAAUUGAACAAUGAUGUUCCUAAAACGAGUGAAGCCAACCAUAGAAAAGUCACAUCUCCUCAGGCGGACUCGGACAGGAACAAACAAGCCCAGAAGUGCCCAGAACAGCAAGAACCAGCACGUGUGGAAAGACCUACCAGUGAGACGCCUUCUCCUUCUGGAAGUCCAAAGAAAGGCAUCCCAUCACUUAAACCUUUGAGAAACAUCUCAAAGACAAGCCUCAGCAUUGACAAUAAUGACACACCGAUUGUCACGAAUCAAGAUAAAGAAGACUCUAACCACAAAACAAAACACCUAAAGAUUCCAUCGAACACUUCUGUUCCUUCAUCUCCAAGCAAGCUCCCUACAAGGAGCCAGAGGGGCUCCAACAAUGUUAGAUCCAAACAACUUCAAAAUACCCCAACUGACAAUUUGCCAAACACAGAGAGUGUAGUCAAACCAACAGAUAGUAUUGUUACAAGCUGUUUAGAAGGCAGUGCCACUGAUGGUGCAUGUGACGUUAAGUCUGUCUCUCAAAACGAAAAACCCAGUGAGACAAUGGCAUGUAAAUCAGAUACCAGUGAAACCAAAGAGAAAGGGGCCGAGGUGCAGGAGGCCGAAGAGGCCCCAAGUAGUCCUAAAGGAAACAUUUCAAAACAAGUAAUCCUUGAUAAUAAGAAAACAAUUGUUGAAGUAAAACUUGAAAACAAAGGGAAAGCACUAAAAGCAGUGACAGCUAAUGUAUCGCUGGUCAAAGAGGCAUGCGGUGCGAAGACAAACGGGCAGAUAGAGGCACAUGAUGUCCCGCAACAACCGAUAUUGGAAACAUCGUCUAAAAAUGUACCAUGUCAUCUACAAGGUGACAGUUAUACCCUGGAACUGCAAACACCAGAGAUGUCCAAAAAUGUAAAGGACAAAGGACUCAUUUCAGUGACAGCCCAGCUUCCAACUAACACAGAAGUGGAUUUUAAUCAGGAAAAAGGAGCUUCAGAACCACAGCCGGUGAAACCUGUCUUGGGUGACAUAAUUCAGUGUGACAGCAUUACAACGUCUCACCAAGAAGGUGGUUCCGUCCAACCAUCAGUUACAGUCACAUCUAAAGAAAAUGCAAAUGUCUGUCCCAUGGAAUCUGCAUCAAAGGGCCAUCAAUCAGUUUUAACCACACCAUCCAUUUCUUUAAAUACUCCCAAUAAAAUGCAGAAUUGUGAAUUAUUUGAAAAGCAAGUUCCAGAAAAUAACAUGUCCCUCUCAGCACUUGCCAUAUGUUCAAUAAAAAAUACUGCAAGAGAAGAGAAAAGUAAAGAAGAGGUUCACCAGAAAUCAGCAGCGACAACACACACAGACACUAAAGCUGUUAGUGAGGCCCCCAAGAAUGUUGAAUGUCAUCUGGACAAAGAGCCUCUUUUGCAAGCAGAAGAAUCUGAAAGAGAGAAGAAAGAAUCCAAGUCAAGUGAAAAGCUGAAUGAUGCUUCAUUGUUGCCCAAUGACUCCAGCGGUGAGCUCAAGUCCCUAAGCACUGACAACGAUGCAAAGAAACCAAAGGAAUCAAGUAAUGUAACAUCAGAUCAGGUAAAUUUACUGCCAGCUUCAGAAGAGAAAACACAAACAGUCAACACCCAGAAAGAGAAGAAGAGUGAAUCUCAGAAACAAAAUAAAAUAAGUGCAGUAGUCUGUGAUGGUACAACCAAGAUGGUGAAUUCUAAAGAACAUACUGAGGAUUCUGUGAAGGAUAAGGCCACAAGCGAGAUUACAGAACCUCUGCAACAGAUGAAAGCAACAGAUAAAGAACAACUGGAACCUUUACCCAAUGCUGAGGGAGCCAGGAGUAACAAUGACCAUCGGGAGAAACCCAGUCAUGUUGAAAUGAAGACACCUGAUUUGACUAAAGAUAGUGAAACAAAGGCUACACUGAUGAAAAGUUCCAAUGGGACAACCAUCACCCAGGUUUGCAACAAAGAAGACACAAAGUCUGUGAGUGAAGCAGCAAAACAAGAUCAAAUUGAUGAUCAAGCAAAGGGAUCGAAUGCUGAAUCAGAGCCAUCAAAUAAAAGUAUGGAAGAAGUAACUCAAGCUAAAUCAGACAUCAUGGCACAAGAUGGUUUGUCCACCAGUAAAAUAGAACAUACUGUGUCUGAUACCAAAGUGGAAAUAUUGAACCAAGAGGAUAAGAAUAUGAUGGCUGCCCAGCAGAACCACAAACAGGAGGAUGGAGAUCAAAAAACAAAAUCCACUAAAAUAUUGGAUUGCUUGCCUGAUCAGAAUGAUGAAAAGAAAACAAAGAAGGAGACGCCAUCCAGCUGGUUAGACGUGGAACAUCAUCUCAAACACAAAAAGGGCAACAGAAAGCACCCUGAUGCCUCGCCUAGUGGGCAUGAUGAAUUGGAUGAUUUCAUCAGGAGCACUAAAGCAGGAGGCAUUCCUUUCUCGGUGCCUCUUAAAAAGCACCCCCGUAUGAAGUCCCCAUCUCCCCCUUUCGCUAUGCCACCCAUUAUGGAGGAUCAUUUUGAGACAACAUUUGACCCUGAACAAUUCCAGUUUGGCUUGAAAAAGAAAGGAAAAGGUUUAAAGGAUCCUUCUCCUGCAAUGGUGCUAAAACAAAAAGCAGCUCAGCGGGAAGGGCGGACCCUGGAAAGCCCCCACGGAGCAAACAAUUCCACAUCCUCAUGUAAUGAGGAAAAUGAGAUAAAAGGAAAAGAUGAAGUCCAACAGGGAGCAAAGAUGGAGCAGAACAAUGGCGAGCAGCCUGGGAAGCCAACAUCCCGACUACAAAGGAUAUCAAUCCUCUCUAGCUUACUGAGUUCCCCUCGCUCCAGUAAGACGAGAAAGGAAAAAGUAGCCUCUGACCCAAAUGACACUUUUUCAUCCAAACAACAGCACAAUUUGCCUUCGCUUGGAAAACAGGAAAUAACCUUUCCUGAACUUGAAUCAGAUAGGAAGGGUGCGGCGGGGAGAGGCGCAGGCGCAGGCGCUGCUGCGGGUAGUGGUAAUGGUACAGCCAGUGAGUCAACACUUUGUCCCGCCGCGCCUCCUCUGCCUUCAUUCCCACAAAUGAAACUGCCUGAUCAUCAGGAGAAAAACCUCAAAGACGGGGGACAGAGUGAGGUUGCCCAGGACCUGUCGGAGGCACCCAAAACAACACAGAAUUCUGACGGACGUGGUGCUAUGGAUCAGGCUUUGAUGCCUAAAGUCAGUAAUGCUGUGCUACCUCCACCCAGCAAAUACAUCUCAAAGACUCCUCCUCGAAAGAAAAAGUCCAAGACACGUGUGGAGAGAGGUUUUCACCAAAGACCCGGCAAAAUGUUCAUACACGAACAUGAGGAGUUUGGAGACAACGUGUAUGAACUCUGCUGUGAUGUCGAGGAUGCCACAGCGAUGAAACUGUCACCUGUCAUCUUCGUGCAAGUCAUCAGAGGAUGUUGGCUCCUGUAUGAAAACAAGGGCUUCCAGGGUCGUGUCAUUGCCCUUGAGGAAGGUCAAACAGAUCAUAUAGUAAACAUGUGGGCAGACGAUGGAGCCCCCAUGACCAUGGAUGAGAAGGGUCAGCCUGUGUCAACGACACCCAUGAUCAUUGGUUCUAUUCGAUUGGCAGUAAAGGACUACAGCAAACCAAGAAUCGACCUGUUCACAGAAGUUAAUGGCUUGGGAAGGAUGUCAUCUUACUAUGACGACACAGUGGAAAUUGGCUCCUAUAGGAUCCCACAGGCCACUGGUUCCAUCAAGGUCCAUUCUGGAGUCUGGCUUGUGUACAGUGACCCUGGCUUUGGAGGGUUUUUAGGAGUGCUGGAGGUGGGCGAGUUUCCCUGCCCUCAAUCCUGGGGUUUCCCUCAGCCGUUUGUUGGCUCACUCAGGCCCCUCCGGAUAGGAGCAAUACGGGUGGAACAUCCCAAAGAAGUCAAGGCGCUAUUGUUUGAGAAGCCUAAUUUUGAGGGAGCGUGUUUAGAAGUGGAUGGUGACUUGUACAACUUGAGUGAGGAAGAGAGAGAAGAACCAGACAGUCCAUGUGAAACUAAGAAGACCACCUCUGCAGUGGGGUCCCUCAAGAUACUCGGUGGUCUCUGGGUUGGCUACCAAGAGGCAGACUUUGAGGGUCAACAGUACAUCCUGGAGGAAGGGGAGUAUCCGCACUGUAGUGACUGGGGUGGAGCUGAGGAUGGUCUCCUCUCUCUGCGGCCCAUUUGUACAGAUUUCCUGUCUCCGCACAUUAAAUUGUUCAGUGAGCCCAACAUGGAUGCACUGGGCCUCAGUGUGGACCUGAUGGGUCCCGUUAUCAACAUGGAGGAGGUCGGCCAGGGUACCAAAACCCAGUCUAUCAACGUUCUGAGUGGAGUUUGGGUGGCAUUUCAAAAUCCUGGAUUCAGCGGUGAGCUCUACAUCCUGGAGAGAGGCCUGUAUACAUGUCCAGAGGACUGGGACGCCAAGACCUUCCAAAUUGCAUCCAUCCAACCAAUCCUCAAUGACACAGGGAUAGAGUCAAAGUUCAAGGUGAAGCUGUUUUCUGAGCCCAACUUCCAGGGGAAGCUGGUGGUCCUGGAGGACAGUAUGGCUACACUUGAUGAGGACUUUGUGACCAGGUCCUGUAAAGUCUUGGCUGGCAGCUGGAUCGCAUAUGAAGGAGAAAACUUCACUGACAACAUGUACUUGCUUGAGGAAGGAGAAUACCCCGACACUGAGUUCAUGGGCUUCCUGUCCUCAGACAUGAAGGUCCGCUCCAUGCAGACCACCGGGCAUGAGUUGUCGAUGCCCUCCAUUCUGCUGUUCAGCAAGUUAGGUUGUAGAGGGCGGAGGGCGGUGCUGACGAAUGGGGCCGUGAACCUGCACCAGGCAGGCUUGGAGGCUCACAUACGCUCCCUGGUGGUGGAAGGAGGAAAGUGGGUUUUGUAUGAAGGCAGCAACUACCGCGGUCGACAGCUUCUGCUCCAGCCAGGACAAGUGGUUGACUGGUGCAAGUUCAGCGGGUGGAAAGGAAUCGGAUCACUGCGUCCUUUGUUGCAGAAACAGAUUUGUAUCCGCUUACGGAAUAAGGAGACGGGAUGUGUGAUGUCAUUGAUGGGGGCUCUGGAAGAUAUCCAGCUGAUGAGGGUGCAUGCUGUGGAGGACACGGAUGGUGUGGAGCAAAUCUGGCUUUAUCGUGAUGGACAGCUUACCUGCAAGCUGGCAGAGGACUGUUGCCUGGAGACUACAGGCAACGUGGUGAUGGCAGGCAGUCGACUGUGUGUGUCCCCGGAGAGAGGCAAAGACAACCAGCUGUGGAACAUCACCUCGGAUGGUCUAGUACGCAGCCACUUUCAACCGGACCUGGUCUUAGAGGUCAAAGGAGGUCAUCAGUACGACAAGAACCAAGUGAUCCUCAACACGUUUGAGGAGGGAAAACCAAACCAAAGAUGGACACUGGAGAUCUUGUGACAUGAGCGACCCUUUUCUGGCGUGGACUCCCACCACUCAGACAGGCUCUGAGUGGAACUUUGCACAAACACUCUGCACUCUUGUAGCAUUUGGACCCUUGUUAAGGAGGGUCACCGUGUUCUGGUUUUCCAUUAAAUGUUAACUUAAUACUUCUA